UUCCUGCAUGUACUUCGUUAAUUUAAAAGUAGAUUAAUUGGUCUCGGGGAAAUACAGUAUAAAAGGACACCUGAAAUGGACGUCAUGUCAUUACACGCAAUAAAGGUGUAGUAGUUACGACUAUACAACUUGCUACAGUAUACCCUGUAGAUCGGAGUAUUGGUUUUUUUCAAUCGUGACAAGGACACUGAAUUUCUGUUAUGACAAAAUGACUUACUGUUUAUACCAGUGAUCAGGUAUUGCGAUCAUUAUAGAAUAUAAUGAGGGAAAUAUGAAUGUUUACUGUGUAAACCUUUGCCGGCAGUUUCAAUGGUUUAUAAUAUAAUAUGCCAAUGAGAAAGUAUUAUUUAGUUGGUGACGGCACGGCAAUCAACAUGAGGCAGAAAUUAGCGCGUGAAAGAGCUAUAAGGAGUGUUUCAAUAACGAGUAAUGGUGAAAAUGUCGGAGAUAUAAAAUCUGGUUAUGUUUGUGAAGUAAGAAAAUCUCCACGAGCACCCGAAUAUGAAGUUCAUUAUGUGAAAACAAAAAGAGAUGGAAUUAAAAUGAUCCGGUCAAGAAAAAACCCUGUACCAAAGUCGACAGAUUCUAUUCCUAUACAUAGUACUGACUAUGAUAGUAAAACAGAAUCUGAGAUAACUGAUAAAGAGACAGACGACAUGGUGGGGUUACGUGUAAUAGCCUGUAAUAAACAGGAUGGCCUAUAUUAUCCAGGGUCUGUCGGCCAUACAGCAGAAGCCACAUAUGCGGUGGUCAAUUUCAACAACAAGAAGAGGCAAAAGGUUCGCACUCAGAUGAUCAUUCCGAUGAGUGGUGCUAUACCAAGACCAGAACUUGCGCCUGGAGAUUUCGUACUGGUGAGAGUAUUCAAUCAAUCAUUGCAGUCAGAAUGUUAUGUCCCUGCCAUUGUAGAGGUGACUCCCGAAGAUGCUCGUCAUCACGCCAAGUUUUACUCUGUUCUACUUUAUAAUGGACAAAGGGAGACGACAAUGAGAAAGUUUAUAGUAAAGAUAGGGAAAGCAAGGUUUGAGAUGGCAAUUCGAUAUAUAGCUCAUAUACAACAACAGAAAAUACUCAGACAAGAGAGUGCCUUAUCGGAGAAUUCUUCUAUGCCCAGUCCUCAAUCACAGAGUUCAAAGAAGUCAGAGGAUGAUGCAUCCUCAACUAGGUCCUCACAGUCAGGUCGAGGACGACGCAAGAAAGAAAAAAUAACCAAAAAGCUGGUUGUGAAAAAAGAAAAAACAGAGACUCAGAAAAAAAAAAGGAAAAACAAAUCAAGGUCUAGAUCUAGAUCAAGGUCACAGAGUAGUAAAUCUUCAAGGUCACGGUCAAGGUCAUCUUCAAGGUCGAGUUCAAGGUCAAGGUCUCAGAGUUCAAGGUCACAGUCUGAAAGAUCUAGAUCAAGGUCAGGUUCAUCAAGGUCAAGAUCUAGAUCUUCAUCACGGUCAUACAGUUCAAGGUCAAGGUCGCGCUCUUCAAGGUCAUCAGAGAGGUCAGGCAGGUCAAGGGAAAGAUCGUCAAGGUCAAGGACAUCAAGUAAAAGUUCAAGGUCACGUUCCAGGAGCAGAGAUAGUGACAGGAGUAAAGGCAGUCUUACACCAAGGGCACAGUCACCUUAUGACCGUCCCCAUAGACCGACCCCCACAGCUUGCAGGAAGUCACCCCUUGUUAGGACUGAUUCAAUGCUUGAUUCAGAAACUAUCACAAGAAAAGAUAUAUACAAUGAAAGAAGGUCUCGACAGAGUUUCACUUCGGAGACAUCGAAGAUGGUUAAUGUUGAUGAGAAAGAUGAAAUGAUUCAAGCACUACAGUAUCAACUAGAGAAACAAAAACGCAAACAACUUAGACAAGAGAGGAGAUUGGUGAGACAGGCUCGGAAGAUAAACAAAAUAAGUAGAAAGAUCAAAGAAUCUGACACGUCUCAUAAUGAGUCGGGACAAUCUUCGCACUCGGACCGCACAGAUAAAGCCAGAAAUAGACGAUCAUCCACUUCCUCAUCAGAGGAAGACACGUCACCACAGCGACGAAAUGGAAGUCCUGACGGAACAAGCUAUGGUGAAUCACCUGACGUUCAGAGUCAACAAAGGUCAUCACCAGGGUUACGAGUAAAUCAGGAAGUGUUGGCACGAUGGAAUGAUGAUGGCUGGUACUAUAGGGGCAGUGUUAUGGUAGAAGGGAAAGAUAAUAAAUACAUCAUAAGGGACAGUACAGGGUAUAUGGAGACAAUAUCAAGAGAGGAUAUUCUCACUGAAAGUGAACACAAAUUUGAUGCAAUACAGCCAGAAGAUCAUGUGAUUGGCUUACAUCCUAAAUAUGUGUUCAGUUACGCUCCAGCGGAGGUUCUCGGUACAUACUCUAACAGUACCAUAAAAGUUGAGUUCUUUGAUGGAAAUAUCGCAAAGCUGACAGAGGAGGAAGUAUAUAAAAUCCCCAAGGCUAAAUAUAACCAAGUGAUAGAAUAUAUAAAGAAAUGUGAGAAGAAUUUGAUUGGACGUUCUGUUGUUGCUAGAGAAGAUGUUACUGGGUUAUACAAACUUGCUGUUGUAGAUUCUAGAGUUGGUCUAGGCCAGCAGUACUAUCUGAAAUGGCUGGAUGGGGAUAUGAGCAAACAAAACGCGAACCAUAUUUUUGAGGUGGGAAAGAAGCAGACACGCCACGAAGACUGGUCCCAUGUUUUAGCUCCAAUCAGUCAGCACAGCAUGACAUUUAUGCCAGCAGAGGUGAUAGAUACAAACCCACUUGUGGUUCAAUUCUGUAAUGGAAAAAGGUCAACAGAUGCAACAUUUGAUCAAUGUUUCUGGUUGAGUAAAGACUACUACAACAAUGCUAGAGGAUACAUAAUGGAAAUGAAAUAUCAAAAUAUCAGAGAGUCACACUCCGACAGAAAUGGAGAAUAAUUAUUUUGAAACAAACUAUACAAUAGAGAUAAGAGGGAAUAAUUUUGAUAAUAGAUUAUAAAAAUAGACUGAACAGAAAUGAAUAUGUAACUUUAAUUAUAGGAAAAACUUGAAACAGAUUUUAUUAUCAAUAGAUUUAUUGAUUACUUAUAAGAAAUGAAGUGUAUAGUCAGUUUUGAAGAAAUAUUUCUUAGCUGGCAACGGUUGUGUACUUAAUAGGGUCUUUUAUUGUCUCAAAAUCAUUAAAUCUACCAUAUCAUUAUUUAUAAAACUUUUAGGUUAAAGACUGCCAUUGUCUUUGAGACAAGUCGUUUUCAAGACUACAUUAUACAUUGAUGAUUUGUCUUUGAUAUAUUAGAACUGUUAUAUUUAUUUUUAGACGCAUAUAUCAUUUAUUGUUCAUACAUGCUAACAUUUAUCUUUUAUACUUAUAAUUGAAAAAGAAAAAAAACUUGUCACAUUAUGAAUCAGCUUCUAAUGGAUAAAAUAUAACUAUAUUGUCUAUAAAAUGCACAAUUAAAGGGACUCCACAGAGGUUUUUUUGACAUGUCGGGACUGGAAAUAAUUGUUGAAGAUUGAUAUUUUAUUUAAUGUAGAUCUAAACCAAUGACUUAAAUGCAAAAUUUCAGAUCAUUUGCUUGCUCUGUUUUUCCAGAAUAAUACCUCCAAUUGCAAAAAAUGAGCAAAAAUUAAAAAGCAUACUCAAAUCGGGCUGAGGAUAACUAAAAAAUAUAAUUUUCAAUUUAUUUCUGAAUAUUUUUCUUAAUUAUCUUUUGCAUAUCUUUCUGAUUUAAGUUCCACAGCUGAUCUAUGUAAAAAAUUCAAAUUUUAUAUCUUUAUGCUUUUGAACCUCAGUGGAGUUUCUUUAACAUAAGCCAGAAAAUAGUACAAGGAAACAACUCAAUACCAGGACAAGUUUUGUUAUUAUAUUUUGAUCACCUAUAUAUGCCACAUAUGACCUUCAUCAGGACGCAAAAUUUAUGUACAUGUAAAUGCAAAAUUUUAAAAAAUGUUGAGAAAAGAAGUA